GAGUUCCCAGGGAUGCUCUGCUUUCCCCGAGGAGGACGUGUGCGCUGGAACCCGCGCUCCUCUCCUGGUCCCUCGGCCACGAAGGGAGUAGCGGUGGGAAAGCCCGCAAUGUGUUUUGCGCGUCCCGUGUCCCACGGUGAUUCCCGGCUGAGCUGCAGAUCAAAGAUUGCAGCAUGAGAACUCUGGCCCUUUACACCUUACGGGUCGGCAGAUGGGCUUAGCGAGAGGAUCGGGUCAGAAAUCCAGUGUAUGUGUUUUGUGGGAUUCUUUGGAGCAUGCCAGGCUUGGCUGGCUGCAGCAAACUUUCUAUUGCCCAGGAAAGAGCUGUUUGCUGGUGUAUGGAUGGCACGGCUGUCGGAGUGGCACGGCAGUGUUAUCUUGUUACAACCCUCCAUUCAGGUUGUUUGCUCAGGUGGACUUUGGUUUGUGGCAGGAGAAAGCUCAAAACUAUGGGAUAGGAAGGUGUUGUGUCCCAACUUGUUGUGAACCUUGGAGCCUUCUGCCAGGGAUUGUUCUGGUGCCUGUUCCCCUUUUCGCUGUGCUCUUUGGUCCCUGUGUCCUUUCAAGCCUUUCAAAUGGUCUUCUUCCAUCUGGAGGAUGCAGGGUCAAGCCUACGUCUUCCUGAGACGCUAGCAGAAGCCAUGGUGAUUUUGGAUGUGAUGGUAUGCACGGUGUACUCCAGCACACAUGCGAGGAAGUAGUCCCAUUUAAAAAACAAAACAAAAAACCAACAACUAAGAAGCCACAGCAUGCCAGGGAAGUUGAGGGAGGGCUCUUAAGCCUGCAGUUUGCAAACUUGCAUACCAACAGUGUUUUCCAGGCCAAGGGAAAUCCAACCUCAUUACAGAACUUGUAGGUAGGCCCUUUGGGAACCUAGAAUGUGACCUGGGGACUUCAGAGUCCCGAGCUGUUGACUGUUCCAGUAUUUUUCACUCUCAGCUCUUCCUGAGGGGAGUUUGCUCUCAAAUAUCAUCUACAAACCCAACAGAGUGUUACGUUAGCUUUUUUCUCACGCUCUUCCUUAUGAUAGUUGAGCUGCUUUUGGGGGCAGGUUCUCUAAAGGUGUCUUCAGUUUUUUAAAUCCUUAGCUCCAUGCAUCCCCUUAGCUCCUGCUCCUGGAAGGCUUUGUAUGCAUCAGGCUUGCAGAAGUCCAUUCCCAACAUUCAGUUUUACAGCAGCUGGGUACUGGCUCUCUGUUUUAUGGCUUUGCUGGAAAAUAGCUGAAGAGAGCUGAGGAGAUGAAUUUGCAGUACAGUAAGUAAUGAUGUGAGCAGGCAGCUGCCUGGCCAGGCUUCCCCUUCUGCCCCGUUCUGGCUGCACGCAGGCAUUUCCCCGUUCUGCUCUGGUGCUCAUCCCUCUAACAUUGCACAACUUCUCUCUAGAGAGGAGGUCUCGAGGCUCUCAGCCUUGCUGAAAGCAGCUGGGGUUGUUGAUCUGGCUCUCCCAAGCUAGAUUGUGUGCUCAUGCAUAGCCAGAGUGCUGGGGUUUUGCACAAAUGAUUUUUCCACUUCUCUGGCUUAAACUGCAGGGGGUUAGUCCAAAGGUGGAUUUUUUCUUUCCUGAUGAGGAGUUGCUGCUAGACCAGGGGCUGGAGAAGAAAGGAUUUGUAAAGAGACCAUGGUUCGUUUCUGCCGCUGCUGGAUGCUGGGUGGGACCGGAGCAGUGGUUGGGUCUUCUGCAGAGGAGGUGAAGAUCUUCCGUGCCUUAAUCUUAGGGGAACUGGAGAGGGGCCAGAGCCAGUUCCAAGCGCUCUGCUUCGUCACACGGCUUCACCGCAAUGAGAUCAUCCCCAGCGAGUCUAUGGCAAAGCUGCGGCAGAAAAAUCCCAGGACGGUGCGGCAGGCUGAGGAGGUGCGGGGCCUGGAGCAUCUCAGCAUGGAUGUAGCUGUCAACUUCAGCAAGGGGGCCCAGCUGAGCUCUCACAUCCACAACGUCUGUGCAGAAGCCAAAGAAGCAAUUUACACCCGGGAAGAAGAUGUCAAAUUUUGGUUGGAAAAAGGGGUCGAUGGCUCCAUGUUCGAGGUCUUGCCGCAGACAUCUGAUCUCCCUGACCUGCAGCGCUGCAAGCUGUGUGCGGACCGCUGGAAACCCUGCAUCUGCAGCUACUCGCUGAGCAUCGAGUGGUACCCGUGCAUGCUGAAGUACUGCAAGAGCCGCGAUGCUGCGGGCAAGGUUUCUUCUUACAAAUGUGGCAUCCGCAGCUGCCAGAAGGGCUACACCUUUGAUUACUAUGUGCCACAGAAGCAGCUGUGUCUCUGGGAUGAGGAGACCUAGCUUAGCCAGGCCAGGCCUUUCAAGGGGCGGCUCAUCUGCCUCUUGCCACCAUUUACGAUGCUAAGGGCCUCCUGGAGCCGGCUGCUCCAAAGAAGGAACACAGUUCACAGCGGUGCCUUGUACCAGAAGAGCUCUGUGUGUGUGCCUUCCCUUCUGGCCCUCUGUGACUCCUCCCCACCUGAUGCUGCCUCAUCCUGUGACAAGCGGGCUCAGCUCGCCGUGUUGAUGCUCUCCUGCCAGCUGCCGGGAGACCCGGCUGCCUGGAAGAAGCAGGUUUUGCAGGUGAAGCUCCGUGAGAAGUGUGUUUUGCCCUGGUCUGGAGUUAGUAGAUGUGAAGGGGGGCAGCUCUGAUCGUUUACCAGCCUUGAGCAUCCUGAAUGAGUGGUCAAGGCAGGAAGAGAAAUGGUCUUGAUGACCUGGCUCAUCAAACAUCUCUGCCACCGAAGAAGCCCUUUCACUGACUUGACCUCCUGGUGACACAACAGCAUUUCCCAAUGGGGAAACAGCUGAUUUAUAGGACCACAUACCCUGAACAAGGAAGGUACGAAGCUUUCCCAAAGCAAGAGCCUGCCUAUAGCUUUUUCUAGAGUCCAGCUGGGUGUUGUAUCCUCCCUGUGGCUGGAAAGUAUAGUGGGGGGAUACGUCCCAGCAAUUACUUUUGCCCCUAAAGGGCUGGUAAUUAGGGCUCUGAUUAAUCCCCAUUUAGACUAGUGAAGGACCAACUUUUUGUGUUGGUCCUGUAGCGCUCACACUAAGAAAGAAACAUCUAGAGACUUGUGACUACCAUCAUAACACUGUGGUUGCAAAGUGGGAGGCUGAUCCCAGGUGGGUUUGCGCUGUUGUUCUGAAGAAGACAACAUUCUACAUCUACGUCCGGUUUUAUGUUCUACUCUGCCAGCUAUUCACAAGAAGCUCUUAGAUAAUUGUACUGCCUUGCUGUGCCUUGGUUUCCCCAUAUGUCAAACAGGGAUGACACUGACGCUGACCUUGGCCUUGGUACGUACUUGGAGGGCACCAGACAAAAAGCACUGCAGGAGUGUUACCUGGUCCCUGUGUCCUCUUCCACUCAAUCAGAACAAGAGGGAGGGGAGAGAGGCUGUUGGGGGUCAUUGUGGAUCCCUGUACCUCCUGGUGAAAAGCCUUCACAAUGUGCCUUUUUGCCUAAAAUAUUGGAAUUUUUGACAAAAAUAUUUGGUCACAAUUAUUUUUGUAUUGAUCACUUAAGCGGGGAGAAGGGAAAGGUAUUUUAAUAUUGCAACAUGAAGUAAAACACACUUGAAAUGAUUUUUUUAAAACCAAUUAUUUAUCAUUUGUAAGGUAAAAUAAACUGAUUUUUAUAAAGCA